CGCAUGUACUGGAAAACGUUUUCGUCAACGUUCCGUCUGAGGUAUUAUAAAGAAAAAUGACCAGACAAAGAUGGAGGAGUUUAUGUCGAGAUAUUCUUAUAUUUCUAUUCUUUCGAUAUCUGCAACCAACAUUUGGUUUGGAACUAAUUACUGGCAUAGAUGAACUGGUGGACACCUACGAACAUCUUAAUCUUGUGCGGACAGUAAAUGGCGGGGAAUUUAUGAUGGGCGUCAAUGACCCACGCUCCGACAGCGGAGAAUAUCCUCCUCACAACAUAGGGGUGGGAUCCUUCAUCAUCGAUCGCUUCCCGGUCACAAACGCCAGAUUCUGGAAAUUUCGUCAAAAGAGAAAGCGCCAUUACACCGGAAGUGAAAUCCGAGGGUGGAGUUGGGUAUUCCGGGAUUUUGUCAGUAAGGAGACUCUGGCCAAAAGUACCCCGUCUAGGGACCCCUGGUGGGUGGCAGUCCACGGCGCCACCUGGCGGAAGCCCGAAGGUCCAGACUCCACUAUCAAACACACUCUGGAUCACCCUGUAGUCCACGUUACUCUGAACGACGCGGCGACCUUCUGUAAGAACGAGGGUAAACGGCUGCCGACGGAACACGAGUGGGAGUAUGCCGCUAGGGGCGGGGCAGAUGGGCUGACUUACCCAUGGGGCGAGAGUUACAAAAGAAAUAGGGCAAACAUAUGGCAGGGUCCGUUUCCGAACAGCACAAACCACAGGGACGGUUGGAAAGGGCUGUCCCCAGUCAACGCAUUUAAACCUCAGAAUGACUACGAUUUGUUUGACGUAUUGGGAAACGUGUGGGAAUGGACAACUACGAGAUAUUUCGAGAGGUUGGUCGAUCGUAGACUACAGGAAGAGAUGUACGUCGUCAAGGGCGGGUCAUACAUCGACACUUUUGAUGGGCAGAGCAAUCAUAUAAUUCGAACAGCACAGAGGAUGGGUCUAGCUCCCGACUACACGGCACACAAUGUCGGAUUCCGAUGUGUGCUGCCAAUACCACACGAGAAAUUUAAUAAAGCUGCAAAGAAACGGAAAAGGAAAUCUAAGAGUUAUAGACAGCGAGACGAACUAUGAGCCCUCUUGUAUUUAUCACCACCUCGUACUAACUCGCACAGAUCAUCUGCUAUUGUCCUUUUUUGUUCUUAUAUACUGUAAAUUUGCUAUAAAUGAUUUACUGUAAAUCUUUUGUGUUUAAAAAAUACUUCGGGAAUCUUUUGAUUCUGUUUAGCUUUUCUUGUGGUCUAAGAAAACGUUACGUAAAAAGUGUUUCGGAAAUCUAAUUUGAUAUGAACAUAUAUCUUACAGAAGGGCGUGCCAUGUCAACAGAUAGGCCAACAGGUAAACUGAAUCGUGACUAUGCACAAACUGUAAAACUUCGACAGGUAUUUUGCUUUCAGGGAACGAAUUUGAUGAGCUAAGUAUGAUUUAAUCCACAUAUUUUCUGUUUGAAAAUUCGACUGAUCUCUGUGUGGUUUGGUUGUUGGAGUUUAACGUGGUGUGUUUAAAUGUGUAUGUACGUUUGUUAUAUCUAAUAUAAUGAAAUCAGUAGUAUCUCAUUGAUUCUGGUUUAUCAAUUCUCUGAAACGUUCAAAAUAUCCGUGGUCAGGGAUUGAGGAUGUCAUCCCCCGUGAUAAACUUAUAACACCUACAUUACUAAACUCAUUAAUAUAUUAUUUUAUUUAGCCUAUUGGCAGAGGUUUCAUUCAGCUAGUUUGCAUUUCAUGUACUGAAAAAGAUCAUAAAACACACAAUAAAUGUAGGAGAAAUAUAUUGAGAUAUUUAAGGGUGAGCAAACUAACUAAUUUGCAUUGAUAUAGUCAAUUUACUACAUAUGCAAUGGUUGUUGAAGUUAAAGCUGAAUUUCAGCAGUGUAUAAAUAAGUAAUCAUUAUUUCCAAGUUUGGUUACUCAAAGGUGUUUAACUCCAUUAGUUUUCGUAUAUGGAUUUUAUCGUAACUGCCCACUUACCGAACACAGCUGCUGUGUUUGAGCAGGAGUAUAUUUACUGAAAAUACACAAACUGCAUUUGAUUACAAUUACAUCGGGAUAUUGGAGCCGGAAAACAUGGUCACAGUUUAUAGGACUUCCUAUGCUCAUUUCCAGAUAGAUUCACACAAAAUCAUUCACUUGCACUAAUCAUUACAAAUCGACCUAUGAUUAACUUUAUUCUGUAGUUGUCUAGCACAUGUAAGCACAUCUAUAAAUUCACACUCAGACGCAUAAUUAUGCGAUCACAAUUACAUCUUUAAAGAAAAAGGACUAAGAAUAUCAUGAAUUCACCGAAAGGUUCUGACUAGGUUUUUUCUGGGUUUUUUUUCUGAGAUAUUUCUUAACUUAGUCGUUCUGAAUCCUUUCAAAUCCACUGUACGUCAAUAGCGUUACCUGUAUCCUAGAUACAAAAUUUGCGUCAUUGGUCAUUUAGCUAAUCUGGACUUAGACUAUGGUCCUGCUUUUAUCCUGUUAUAUUUUCUGUCUUUACUUCAGUCCCUGUAUUCAAAAACACAAGAAAAAGUGUUUUUUUUAAUAGCAAUAAUGCAUUGUGGGAUAAGUAAAAAACUUUCACAAAUUAGAUUUAUUAACAUAUAACUAAUAUCUAUGCCAAGUUGCAUGCUUAUCUCAAAAUGCCAUUAUGUAAAAUCAGCACAUUAACAUUGCAAAUAGACAGAACAAUUGAUAAAACAAUGAAAGCGAUAUAAAUUUUACCGAUUAAAACAGAUACUGUCUUUGAAGCAAGGAGACUUGAAAUUACCAGCAAUUUUUUUUUUAUAUAUUAAACUAAUCAUUCUACUGUAGUUUUGGUGGCAAAUGCCAUUUUUUAUUUUUAUGUUAACUUUGAUAAGUAAGAAAAUAUAUCAGGGUCUGGACCUCACUUCAGCCACAGGUGCUGAGCUAUAUUAUAUGAAAUAUACAAA